GGAAGAUGGCGGACAACAAAGACGAGGAGGAUAUGAAACCCUCCAGUAAUUCGGACUCGGCGCCUUCAGCCCAGGACCCCGAGCAGCCGGAGACGAAGGAGGAGACCGCGGUGAUAGUGAUCGAGGCGGACGUGAAGGGCAGCGAGGAACCGGAGCCCAAUGGAACCGCUACGGAGGCACCGACACCCACCAGCGACGCGGGGGACGCGAGCAGCGGCGCGGCUGCUGGAGCCGAGGCGAACGGUCGCGCUAGCAACGCCGCGAGUCCGGCGGCGACGACCGGUUCCACCGCGGAGCCCUCGGCCGCCGAAGCUCCCCCCGCCGGGGAGGCUUCCUCCGGCGGACUCGCUGCUGAGAUGUCCCCCCCUCCCACCGCUCCAGCGGCUACGCCGGUUCCCACUCCCAUUAAUCUGCUGGAUACGUGCGCAGUGUGUAAACAAAGUCUCCAGAGCCGGGACUGCGAACCCAAACUUCUGCCUUGUCUUCACUCGUUCUGCCUCAAGUGCAUCCCGCAGCCGGAGCGGCAGAUCAGCGUGCAGGUCCCGGGCCCGCACGGCCAGACAGACACGCACAUAGUAAAUGUCAUGCGGUGUACAGUGUGCCACCAGGACUACAAACAGAGUGACAUUGUUGAAAACUACUUUGUCAAAGAUACCACAGAAGCAACCAGCACAUCUGAUGAAAAGUCUGCACAGGUGUGUACAAGUUGCGAGGACAACGCUGGAACUAUAGGCUUCUGUGUGGAAUGUGGAGAAUGGCUUUGUAAGACCUGCGUGGAGGCCCACCAGAGGGUCAAAAUUACCAAGGACCACAAAAUUCGCACAAAGGAGGAUGCUGAUGCCUCUGAGUCUGUUUGUACGUCAGGACAGAGACCUGUUUUCUGUCCCAUUCACAAGCAGGAGCCAUUGAAGCUCUACUGUGAGACCUGUGACACUUUAACGUGUAGGGACUGCCAGCUGCAAGAGCACAAGGAGCACAGGUACCAGUUCCUCGAGGAAGCUUUCCAGAACCAGAAAGGCAUCAUUGAGACCAGUAUAGCCAAGCUCCAGGAAAAGAAAAACUACGUCCAUUACUCUGUUUCUCAGGUGCAAAGCAGGUUAAAAGAGCUGAAUGAGACACACAGGAAGGUUGAGCAUGAAAUCAAAAUUGCAGUGUUUACUCUUAUAAAUGAGAUCAACAAGAAGGGCAAGUCCUUGCUGCAGCAGCUGGAGAGUGUAUCCAAAGAGCGCACUAUGAGGCUUAUGGGUCAGCAUAAGGAUACCACUCAGCUUGCCCAGCAGAUCAACCAUGUGCUCAACUUCUGCCAUUGGGCGAUCACAACUGGCAGCAGCACAGCGCUGCUUUACAGCAAGAGGCUGAUACUGUUCCAGCUUCGACAGCUCUUCAAAGCUCGACUGGAGCCAGCACCACAGGCCAAUGGAGUUGUGCGCUUCUUCUGUGACCCCACCUUCUGGGCCAAAAAUGUGGUGAAUCUAGGUAAUUUGGUCAUUGAGAAACCGCCUCCAUCAGCGCAACCGCCCAAUGUGUUGGUAGGAGCACCGCCUAUUUCACCAGGCCACAGUCAUCCCACCAAACACCCAGGACAGAUCAACCUGGCCCAGCUCCGGUUGCAGCACAUGCAGCAGGCAGCCUAUGCACAGCAGAAGCAGCACCACCAGCACCACCAACAGCAUCAAGCGCAACAACAGCAGCAGCAGCAACAGCAACAGCAUCAACAACAGCAUCAACAACAACAUCAACAACAGCAGCAGCAGCAGCAGCACCAACAGCAGAUCCAACAACAGAUGCGCAUUGCCUCCCAAAUGUCCCAGCAGCACCCCAGACAGGCCGGUCCACCCAUGGCUCAGCAGCAGCCUCCAAGGCUCAUUAGUAUGCAGCAGCUACCAAGAGGGCCCGGGGGAAUGAACGGUGGACCAGGUUCCCCAAUGUACCCUUCCUCCCACCACAUGCGUCUACCGGGUCCACCCCAGGGCCGAAUGCCCACAGCCCAGCCGAGACUCAACGGACAGCAGUAUCCCCCCAUGAUGCAGCCUCAGCUACAGCGACAGCAUUCCAACCCAGGCCACGCAGGAUCUUUCCCGGUGGCGUCCCUCCAUAAUGCCAACCCCACAAGUCCAACCAGUGCCAGUAUGGCUGGUGCCCAUGCUCACCGAGGGCCUGCCAGUCCCGUCAUAGGCCCCAUCGAGCUCAUUCCCUCCGUUACAAAUCCUGAGAACCUGCCCUGCCUACCUGAGAUCCCGCCCAUUCAGCUAGAGGAUGCCGGUUCUAGCAACCUCGGAAACCUCCUGUCUCGCUACAUCACAGCCAGCACACAGCACCAGCUGGGCUCAGUAGACAUGAAUCCCUCACCUGUACUGUCUACACACUCUCCUGGAUCUUCAGGUCUGUCCAAUGCCCACACACCAGCACGACCUUCAAGCACAUCCAGCACAGGGAGCCGAGGCAGCUGUAGCUCUGCAGGGAGGGCAGGGCCAGGCACCGGAGCUGCCGCCGACCAGGUGAGGGUGAAGCAGGAGCCGGGUACCGAAGAAAGCUACACUUGUCCAUCUUCUUCUCUGAAAACAGAGCGCAGCAAAGAGGGCGGGAGGAGCGCCUGCAUGAUGAGCAGUCCUGAGGACAGCCCCCUCCCUCCAUUAGGACUCGCAGUCCAAGAGACCUUCAAGUCGCUGGAGGACCUCAUCAAAACAGAACCCCAGUCUGAGAAACCUUGCUCUGAAACGAAUGGCUCCUAUGCAGCCACAUCAUCCUCUUCCACUUACACUAUGACCUCCACUACCUCAUUCCCUGAGAACAACAGCAAGGCAGGCCUUCCGCUCACUAAUGGAAAUGGAGCCAAGAUAACGGAUAGCAAGGAGAGCACAGCGUCUACUGGAACAGGCAAUCCUGCUGGGAAAGAGGAUGAUCCCAAUGAAGACUGGUGUGCUGUUUGUAUCAACGGUGGUGACCUGCUGUGCUGCGACCACUGUCCCAAAGUGUUUCACAUGAAAUGCCAUGUACCCACCAUAAAAAUCUUCCCAAAGGGCGACUUCCUCUGCACUUUUUGCCGGAGCCUAUCGAGCCCCGAGAUUGACUACUGUGAUGACAGCAAGAAAAUUCAAGGCGAGCAGAACCUGAAUCCCCAGGACCAAAGGAGAUGUGAGCGCCUCCUGCUGUACAUCUUCUGUCAUGAGCUCAGCGUUGGCUUUAGGGAACCUGUUCCUAGCUCUGUGCCCAAUUACUACAAGAUUAUCAAGCAUCCCAUGGACCUGAAGAAGGCGAAGAAGAAGCUGCAGUUACGAAGCUCCGAGUACUACAAUUCCAUUCUGGAGUUUGUGUCCGAUAUGCGCCUUAUCUUCAACAACUGUGCAAAUUACAAUGAGAUGUCUCGAAUAAUCCAGGUUUAUGAUGAGGAGAAACAGAUUAAUAACCAGGUGGGAUCAGAGAUGGCGAUCUCCGGGAAGGCGGUGGCUCUGUACUUCGAGGAGAAGCUGCAAGAGAUGUUUCCGGGGGAGAACUUCCCAGAAGUGCCCGAGCCAGAUCCCCAAGAUGAAAAGGAAAAGGAAGCGGAGAAAGAGAAAGAGAAGGAGAUGGAGGUAGAGAAGGAAAAGGAAAAGGAAAAGGAAAAGGAGAAGGAGAAGGAGAAGGAGAAGGAGGACAAUGACACAGACGACGAUGAUGAGGACUUCAUACAGCCCAGACGCAAGCGAUUAAAAACUGAUGAGAAAGUGUUGCACAUCAAGUGAGAACCAACCAAUUCAAAAACAAGAGAGGUGAAAAACUGUCUUCCUUGUGUCCUCCCACUUUUCCAUUGUUUGAUGCAGCAAACAAAAAGGACGAUUCGCUGUAUAAGCCGCUUGGUUUAUCUGAUCCUUGCCUUUGAAAGAAAUAUCAACUACACAUGAAGUCUGCCUUCAUCAGAACUCUUAAGGACAAAAACAUAGAGGAGCUGAAUUCCCUCCUUAGACACUUGACUCGCCUGUACAGAUUUUGAAGUAUGACUUGUUUUGCAGUAGUUAACGAUUUGUCUUUUUUCUUUUCUAUCAUCCAUUUCAUUUGUAGAUUUGUUGUGACAAUUGCGUUAUGAAAAAUUGAAACCCUGUGUUCUGUUUAAUGUAUUAUAUAUAUCCUUUGACAUGAAACCUAUUGAGUAUUUGUAUGACUUUGUGGAAGAACUAUGUAAAUAAGAGAAUCUUAACCACUGAAGCUACAGUAUAGAUGUUUGGGUGCGUCAUCAAUAAAACCUGUUCUUGAAAUAUAUCAA